AUGCCUAAGAUCGUCGCAAUUGUCGGUGCAACUGGUACCCAGGGUGGUGCAGUGAUCUCUGCACUGGAGGGUAACCCUUCUUUCCAGAUUCGGGCGCUCACACGCAAUACCAACAGCGAAAAGGCCAAGGAUCUCGCUUCCAGAGGGAUUGAAGUGGUAGCUGCGGACCUGAAUGACGAAUCCAGCCUGGUAAAGGCCUUUGCCGAUGUCAGUAUCAUCUAUGCCGUUACCAAUUUCUUUGAGCCCUUCGCAACGGUCGGGCCUGAGGCAGCCAUGGAAAUCGAGUAUCAGCAAGGGGUCAACCUCGCCCAGGCUGCGUCUCAGACUCCGAGUCUGGAGCUAUACAUUUGGAGUACACUUCCCGACUCGCGCACACUCUCCAGCGGGGCGGUUGUGGUGCCCCAUUUUGCUGCCAAGGCUAGGGUGGAUGAGUUCAUCAAGCAGGACCAGGUUUUGUUAUCAAAGACGGUUUUCCUCUGGGUGACUUUCUAUACGUCCAACCUCUUCUAUCCUCCUUUCGCUCCCGUAUAUGCGGUAAGUUCGCCCUCCCCGUGGAACUCUCCUUGUCGCCAUGGCAGUAAACUCAUUUUAACCCGCAUUGAACAGAAUUCGAUCGGCAAAUUUGUCGCUUUUACUCCAGUGUCUGCACAGACGAGGAUUGCUUCCCUCGGUGCGAUGUCUAAUGUUGGUACUGCUGUUGCAGGGCUAGUCGAGAAUGAUGGGCAGACUUUAUGGACCAGCAAACUCGGCGCUUCAUCCAGUGGGGCCAAGUAUGUCAUCGUAACCACCACUUCUUAUACUGUCCAGGACUACUACUCCGCAUGGGCAAAAGCCAUUGGAAAGGGUGAGGAUCAGGUUAAGGUUCUGCCAAUCUCCUUUGCGGACUACGAAGCUCUCUUUGCGGAGUGGGGAACCGAGUUGGGCCUGAUGAUGAGAUUUUGGGAAGUCGCUGGGCCUGAGAAAAGCUGGGCUACUGUAGGACAGACUGACACCCUCAUCGAUAGCCGGGAAUUGUUGGGGCCUUGCAAGACAUUGGUCGAGACGGAGGAAGCAUUUGCUCAAGUCUCGUGGGACAACAUAUAA